CUCCCUUUCUCUCUCUCUCUCCCCAUCCUCAGUUCCUCCCACCUUUUCCCUCGUUGGUCGGCGUCUUCGUCUUGCUCUCUCUCUUUCUCUUCCCCCUUCUCUCCACCUUGCCCGCCGCUUCACCUGUCUCCCCCGCGGCGAAUUCGUUUCUGGAGAAAUCCCUGUUUUUUGUGCCCGUUUCUCCGGAUCCACACACACGCGCCCUGUUAAUCAACAAAUCCGCCCGUUCGCGUCGAUUUGUUUCGUCUGUAGUAUUCGUUUUUUCUUUCAUUUCUUCUCCAUCUUCCGCUGUUCGUUCGUUCGAUUGGAGCUAGGCAACGCCCGGAUUUCUCGGUGGUGUGUCUGGAUCUGGCGGCGUAGAGGGCCGCGCGCCCCUAAUCCCGGCUGGAUUCGGCUAGGCUCGGCGGCGGCGGGUUCGGAUCUCGUGGAAGGGUUGUUGAUUCGUUUGGAGGAGCUGGUGUCGGGGGCAGAAAGGAGAUGGAUCACGUGGUCGGGGGCAAGUUCAAGCUCGGCAAGAAGAUCGGGAGCGGAUCGUUCGGGGAGCUAUUCCUCGCUGUUAAUUCGCAGACCGGAGAGGAAGUCGCCGUCAAAUUGGAAAAUGUGAAGACCAAGCACCCGCAGCUUCAUUACGAGUCGAAGCUGUAUAUGCUUCUACAAGGAGGAACUGGCAUACCGCACUUGAAGUGGUUUGGUGUGGAAGGAGAGUAUAAUGUGAUGGUGAUUGAUCUUCUUGGACCUAGCCUUGAGGACUUGUUCAACUAUUGUAGUAGAAAGUUCUCAUUGAAGACCGUGCUCAUGCUCGCUGAUCAGAUGAUUAAUCGAGUUGAAUACAUGCAUUCAAAAGGAUUUCUUCACCGUGAUAUAAAGCCGGACAAUUUCCUCAUGGGGCUUGGUAGGAAAGCCAAUCAGGUAUAUAUAAUAGAUUAUGGACUUGCAAAGAAAUUUAGGGACCUUCAGACUCACAAACACAUACCCUACAGGGAGAACAAGAAUCUCACUGGAACGGCACGCUAUGCAAGUGUCAAUACCCACCUUGGCGUUGAGCAAAGCAGGAGAGAUGAUUUAGAAUCUCUUGGUUAUGUCCUUAUGUACUUCCUCAGAGGCAGCCUGCCAUGGCAGGGGCUGAAAGCUGGUACUAAGAAGCAGAAAUAUGACAAAAUAAGUGAGAAAAAGAUGCUUACUCCUGUGGAGGUACUCUGCAAAUCCUACCCGUCAGAAUUCAUUUCUUACUUCCACUACUGUCGAUCAUUGCGGUUUGAAGACAAACCCGAUUAUUCUUACUUGAAGAGACUGUUCCGUGAUCUCUUCAUCCGGGAAGGAUACCAAUUUGAUUAUGUAUUUGACUGGACCAUUUUGAAAUAUCCCCAGAUAGGUUCCAAUCCACGGAUGAGGCCAAGUGAAAGAACUAGUGGAGCUCCUGGACCUUCUGUUGAGAAGAUAGAGAAGGCUCCAGUUGAAUCAUCUACUCGAAGGAAUCCUAGCGCUUCUCUGAAUCAGAGUGACAACUACGCAACACGACCACGGGAAACUGUAUCGAUGUCACUAAAGGAAAUUAUGCAUAGCACAGACCGGUCUGGCGAAAGGACUGUGGAGAGACCUCGUUCAUCCUCUCGUACAGGCAGUGCAUCGAGGAGAGCAGUUGCAUCAAGCAGCAGACCAGCCUCAUCUAUGGAACCAAGCGAGCAGCAAUACGGCAGGACAAGCAGGUUGUUUUCUAGCAAUAACGGUGGCAGCCGCCCUUCCAGCACCCAGAGAGUUAAUCCAUCUGUAGGUGAGUCAAGGGCCACAUCCCUUUCACGAGCCGCGGUUGCCAGAGGGUCCCGCGACGAGCCCCUCCACCGCAGCCUUGAGCUCCUAUCCCUCGGUGGCGGCAAGAGGAAAUAGCGCGAACGGGAGAGGAAUCCAAGAACGGAAAGGAAUGAUGUUGUUUGCGACUCUGUAAAUGACAGGAUAUCACCUAUUUGUCAACAGUUACCCUGGAGCACCCAUAAUUUCAUGUUGCUCCGGCCUGUUGUAUCAUUGCUUGAUAGAUAGCAAUAAUUCGUUGUUGUUGGCGUGUGUGUCGCUGGUGCGUUAGGGCCAAGUCCUAGCUUCGUGAUGAUUAAUUUAGAGGUGGUCAAAGAUUCAACAUAUUUAUGUUUCUUUACCUUCCUGCUGGACUUGGCAAACUUUCUGGGACUAGUGUUUCUUUGUUUAUUGCAACUCUGGAUUUGCUCGUUCAACAGAAGUUGAUAAAAGGAACUUCCAAGUAUAAAA